GCUGUCUUUAAAUGUAAUGCAGUUGAAGUUAAAAGCGACGCGGACAAAAGAUGGGACAACCUUCGGUGUAAAGGAUUAUUAAAGAGGCUGCAGUCAUGGGCCCAGAUGCUGCAUCUGUGCCUAAAACAGAGUCCUCAGAGGAGAGUACAGGAGAGGUCAUUGUGAAGGUAAUAUCAGAAUCAGAUUCAAAUGAUGCCUCAACUGCCACUGAGCCAGAGAACUUAAACCAGCCAGAGAUCAACUCAUCAGACAAGUGUUACCCUUGCUCCAUUUGUGGCAAGAUAUUUGACAGACCGUCAAAGCUGGAGAGGCAUAAACCUGUACACACGAGGAAGCCUAAGAGUCUUCAUGAGUGUCAACAUUGUGAUAAGAGUUUUACACAACUAGAGAAGCUGAUCCGACACCAGAAUAGCCACAAUAGGACUAAUAAGCACCCCUGUCCUGACUGUGGCAAAGUGUUCAACAGGCCUUCGAAGUUGGAGAGGCAUAAACACACACACUCAAAGAAACCGAAGGUGCCUCACCAGUGUUCCUACUGCUUGAAGACGUUCAGUAAACUUAACAAACUAAUCCGACAUGAGCGAAUGCACACGGGGGAGAAGCCUUUCACCUGUUCGGUGUGCGGAAAAGGAUUCUCUGAGUCAGGUCACUGCAAAGCACAUGAAAAGACACAUGAGGAACAGCCGGAAAAACCUCACUGCUGUAUUGACUGUGGUAUGUCUUUCUUCAAGGCCUCAGAGCUCCGUAGGCAUUUCCGCUCCCACACAGGAGAGAAACCUUUCAGAUGCGCCUUGUGCGAGAGCUGCUUUUCCCGCUCUGAAGGACUUAAAAGACACAUGAGGAGCCACACAGGGGAAAGGCCUUACAUAUGCAUUAUCUGUAGCAAAGGAUUUUACUCCCGUCAGGAUUUGAAUAUUCACGGCUUGACCCACUCGGGAGAGAAACCACAUCUUUGCCCUGUGUGCGGUAAAGGCUUCUCGCAGCUGGGCAACAUGAAAGAACAUGAGCAAAAUGUUCAUAUUAAGUCAGAGAAAUAUAUUUGCAAUGAAUGCGGGGCAACCUUCACACGAUACAAGUCAUUGACAAAGCACCAACGGACACACACGGGAGAAAGACCCUAUUUGUGCCUCACCUGUGGUCGCAGGUUUUCAUGGAGCCAUUCUCUCAGCAGACACCGGAGGACACAUGCUCACAGACAGAUGUCAAUGGACACAUCGGAAGACAUAUUGGAAGGACCCUCUGAGAAUACUAGCAGCUGA